AGUGUAUGUAAAAUAUAACCAAUGACCUAAUGACAUUAUCAUCUGAUAUUGAAAUGAUGUAAUAUCGUAUACUAAUAAUUUACCAUAUUGUUGCAAUAUAAAGAUUGAGACAUUCUGGUGUAUUCUACUUCUCUAUAAACAUGUGGAAAUAAUGAAAACAGAUAUAUUUGUGUGCAUAUAGAAUGGAUCUUUUAGAACAGAAGAACGAGCGAAUAUGUCAAUGCUCACAGAAAUUAAAGACAAAUGUGAUGCCUGUGUCUCAGCCAGUGCGUGCCAAGAGUUUGUUACGCGCAAACUUGGAAAAUUCUCGCGGGCGACUUUUGCAGAGCAGAAUGCCAAACAUUAAAGUCUUUAGUGGCACAUCGCAUCCAGAUUUAGCUCAACGCAUUGUUGAUAGACUUGGUAUUGACAUUGGAAAAGUUGUCACGAAGAAAUUUAGUAACCUCGAAACAUGGUAAAUAGGAGAAUCUGUUCGUGGAGAAGAUGUGUACAUAGUACAAAGUGGAAGCGGAGAAGUAAAUGACAACUUGAUGGAACUGUUAAUUAUGAUCAAUGCUUGUAAAAUUGCUUCUGCAUCUCGAGUAACUGCUGUAAUUCCGUGUUUCCCAUAUGCGAGACAAGAUAAAAA